AUGGAUUUUGUGCCUGAGUUGACAGAGGGCAGGCCGACAGCGUCAAACAGCAGUCAGGCUGCCAUGAACCCAUACGGCAGACCGAGCAGCACAGCGGCCCCCCUGUCCUGCACCAGCUGUGGGGGCUGCUGCUCGCCGCCUCCCCCUUGCCUCAUCCCCCCCGGGCCCCCCUCCUCAACUACCUCCUCCUCUUCCAUUCCCCCAAAUAUGACCCCUCCGCCGCCUAUGUAUCCCGCCCCAGUCGUGCAGGUGGAGAACGGCAGCAGCUGGAACUCCUCCACAAUCUCCUCCUCAGGCUCCCCUGACUCCCACCCUGGUCACAGAUGUGGGGCGAACAACCCCAACCCCUACUGGACAGCAGUGUUUGACUAUGAGGCCACAGCAGAUGAGGAGUUGACCCUGCGGCGCGGGGACCUUCUUGAGGUUCUCUCUAAGGACUCUAAAGUGUCUGGGGACGAGGGCUGGUGGACGGGCAAGAUCCAGGACAAGGUGGGUAUCUUUCCAAGCAACUAUGUCACGAGGGGAGAUGCAGCCAACUACCAGCAGCUGACAGCAGGCGGGCUGGUGGCAGGUGGAGUUGGUGAAUGCCCCUUGGAGAUUGACUUUUCAGAACUGCUCCUGGAAGAAGUCAUAGGAGCUGGUGGGUUUGGGAAGGUCUACAAAGGAGGGUGGCGGGGAGAGGAAGUGGCUGUGAAGGCCGCCAGGCAAGACCCAGAUGAGGAUAUUAGUGUCACAGCGGAAAGCGUGAGGCAGGAGGCCAGGCUGUUCUGGAUGCUCCGGCAUCCCAACAUUAUCGCUCUUCGUGGAGUGUGCCUGCGGGAGCCCAACCUGUGCUUGGUGAUGGAGUAUGCCAGAGGAGGGGCUCUGAACCGGGCCCUGGCUGGGAAGAAGGUUCCCCCGAGAGUUUUGGUGAACUGGGCGGUCCAGAUUGCGACAGGGAUGGACUAUCUGCACAACCAGGCAUUCGUACCCAUCAUCCACAGAGACCUCAAGUCCAGCAACAGUAAGUAAUUCACACUAAUGUCAAAAGUUAUUAUGAUGAUAUAUUUCUAACACUG